AGUUGAAGCCGAAGAGACUAUAGAGACCAUAGAAGACAGUUCUGUUUGGGCAAUUUAAAACUCAAUUCUUUCUUCUUGUUACUGUUGUUAACGUUUGUAGCCAAAGCUUUUACCGUGAGAACAAGAUGUCUGCGCCAACGAUGAGAACCAGCUCAGCGCCAGGUUCUUCGAGGCCGGACACAUUUGUGGACAACACAGUAGCAGAGUCUAAUCUGAAGGUCCCAGUGGAGAGCAGCAAUACACAACUUCCUCCUUUCAACAACCAUAUCAUCCCAGAUGAACUGCUGGUCAGUCUGACCUCCACUGUCUGCAACAGGAACACUCUGGGACACACUGCACACCAUCGGCAGUGCAAGGGUUGUGGAAUCAGACGACCAGAUGCAGUCUGGCAUCACCCGCUUGGACGCAAGAAAUAUCGAUACUUUCUGGAGCAGCCGACAACACUGAGUGGAGCAGGCAGGGAUAUUUCAUUCCUGUGUGAUGCUAUGGUAACGCAGAAGAAAACAACAGCCCUCCCACCACUCACUGACAGAAAUAGUUGUGACACACAGAAGCUGAGUGUGUCAGAAAGUCUGAUCCCAGAGGAAUAUCACAUUGUGAAAAACAAAGGGCUGCGAAACCUUGAAUUCUAUGAGGAUGCGUUCACGGUGCAGCUGCAGGAUGACGAACACAAGCUACGGGUCUUUCCUUCACUGAAGCCCAGCGGCAGACAAGAGGUGGUCCAGCUGAUGAAGAUGAUGGAUGAUAUGCUGGAAAAGGCUGGAGUGGAUCAACAGACGGAGGAGCUUACUCAGCUCUCCCAGAUGGAGGGUCUGCUGCAGCUGGUGCAGGUUGAGCAGAACAUCUACAACAUUGUUUUCCAUGAAGUGAUCAGACAGGUCAGUGUCAACUGUGCUGAGAGAGGACAGCUGCUCGCGAAGCUCAGACAGCGCUACCAGUCUCUGCUGGAGCGAAUCCCCUGCCGUCUGAAGGCUUUGCACACUGAGGCGGUGGCGCAGCGGGCUCUGGAUCGCCGGCUCACCGAAGAGAUUCACAAAAUCAAGACAUCCAUGCAGCAGCUCAGCACGGAACUGUCAAAGAUCAGAGACCAUGAUGCCUUUGUUUCCCAGCAGGCACAGCAUGCUCACGGGAAACUGGCUGAUGCUCUGGAUCAGACUCACACCAGCUCAGAUGUGGUCCAGAGUUACCACCAGCUCUAUGAGAUGCAGAGAGGUCGCCUUGAGGCUCAGCUGCUUCAGAUGACGGAGGAGAGAGACACCUGGAGCCAGCUGACCUUCUGCCUCGCUCUCAAGGUGAUCAGUGUGAAGAAGCUGCAACUGGUCCGUCAACUGCAUGUCCAUGAGCAGAGCUGGUUCAAGGCGGCAGAGCACAGCAUCCUUUACCUCACUUCAAAGGACAAUGAGGACCUGAAUGAAAUCCUGGAGCUUAGUGACUACUGGAGAGAGCAGCUCACUGCUUUCAUGUCCCAGAUGAAGAGGACUGAGCAAGUGCAGCUUCAAGAGAUAAACACCAUCCAGCAGAGCAUCACAAAAUGGAUUGCCUGCUGCACCGUACAGAACAAGUGUCCUGAAUCAAAUUAUGAGAAAACUACAAUGGAAAAUAUUCAUGCUGAUUUGAAGCAGUGGUCAAAUGUGUUAACCCAACAGUGUGAACACUAUGAAGGUGAGAAGCUUUUUUGCUGCCAGCAGACACUGGGGGAGCUCGGCCGUGUCCAGGAAAGAUGGCUGAAUAAGAGCCUUCAGCUGCUCAGGCGACACUGUUCUCCUGAUGGCGAACCUCCCGAGAGUGAACGGGUCCAAAAAGAGCUGGUCGGUGUCCUAUCUGACCUCCUCAAACAGCUGGACACACGAGUCAGUGGAGAGAGUGGGGCUCAUGGGAACCUGAUGUCACUGCUCGGGUUUGUGGAGUCCUGGGUUUCCAAGUUUGAUGCAGUAAUUUGCCAACCAGAAACCAUGUCUCUCUCUGAUUGGCUGAAGUUCGAGAAGACACUGUGUGAUUGGCAGAGUUUGGCCAAAGAAAUCUCACAGAAUGUCUCCACCAUGAAGACAACAGAAGGACAAGGGACCGAAAGGGCCAAAGACAAAUCCAACAUACAUCUGGAGACUGAGAAGGUGUCUGAGGAAGUGAAGGAGUUCAUAACCAACCUGUCGAAAUUUACAGAUGGUGAAAACCAGAGACUCAUUGAUGAGGUCGGUUCUAUCCACAUGGCUCAGACCCGCUGGAUGUUGGAUCUGUUGCUCCUCACGGUACCUGAACAUAGUGAGAGCCAGGACCAGGAACAUGAUCCUCAGUACAUCACAAACAUCUCACUGCAGACAAUAGAUGAAGAUGCCAAGUUCCUGUCUGAUAAAGUGGACAGUUUUUCCAGAUACAUCACCAGCAUUUAUAAGCUGAUUCUGGAGGAGCAGACUUCCCCACAUCAGGAUGAGAAUGAAAAGGAGAUGAAUGAGUGUAGAAAGCUGCAGAGGGAAUGCCUCGAUUGGGUGGAGACCUGUGGGAUUCUGCUCUCAGGAGUGAAACAUGGUCCUGUGGAGCUGCCUGUCAGACAGCCUGUCUCCACCUCCAGGAAUCACAUCUCAGUGUCUCCAACAGAGAGCAGGGAGACCCUGGUGAAUGAAGAGGUUCCAGCAGAGCCUGCAACAUCCAGGAUUGACGUAGGAGUCAAAGAUGAGACUGAGGCAGACCUGAAAGAUACCACAGCUGAAGGACAUGAAAUACAACAGCCAGAUGUUUGUGAGGGGGAGCUGGUGGUUUGUGAGACUCCAGUGGUGAGGCAGAUUGGCUAUGAUGGAAACAUCACACAAAAGAAGCUGGGAGAGAGCAGUGUCCAUCUGAAUGGGACUGAUGAACUGGUUGCUUCUCCAGUCACGGAUGAAGCUCAGAAAACGUUUAGCGAUCUGACCACAGUGGUGUUACUGCAGCAAGAACUGCAUGACUCUGAGCUGCGGGUCCAGAGCGCUGAGCAUCGAGCCCUGAAAGCUGAGGAAGCACUGCAGGCAGCACUGGAGAAGAUUCAGGAUCUGGAAAGACUGCAACUUCAGGGUCAGCCACUUCUGGAGCCCAAAAGUAAUGAAGAGAGAAAGAUAACAACUCCACCCUCCCCACCACCAGUAACACGCCCUGCUCCUCCAAAGAAAACAACUCCAGAGGUCAAGCCAGCAAGCAGCACCAAAAGGACCAAGAAACGCUGAUUAGACAUCUGAUUACACAUCUGCACAGGAUUUCACGCUCUGUAUGUUCUCUAUAGGAUCAGAGAGGAAUGCAAUAACAAAUUAAUAUAGUGCACAAAAAUAUUAGGGCAGUUUCAAAAAUGGCCAUUAACCAUGUGCUUUCCAAGUACUGAAUAUCCCCAUUAUCAUGAUAGUGUCCUUGAAUGCAGAUGUUCUCAGAUUUUGAAAAGUCUGACUUUUCUGGACCUUUUCUGAGUGAAGUAUAAAGAAUUGUUGGAUUAAUAUCACAAGAAAGUAAAAACAAACAAUACCAUGUGGUUCUAUUUGUAACAAUAAUGGGCAUUGCUUUCUUUUUAUUGCAUGUGCUUUUGUGUUCCAAGAUAUAGGCUCAUAUCCUUCAUCAAAUCUCAGUUGAUGUCUUGAUUUAUGUCCUGUCACAUCAUUGGUGAGUCUGUUUCUUGGUCCCCUUCUGUACUUUUCCCCUCUUCUUCUUCCACAGCAGGAGGUGGUGGAGGUGGAGGUAAGGCUGAGUGGUCAGAGGUCAGAUUGAGGACAUCUGGGGGGAAUGGAAGGACCAAGGCUGGAUGCAUGUGACGGAAGGAGGCCCUCAAACUCUCCCACGCAGUGGUCUCUGAUUCUGCUGCUUUUACCUGAAGGAGAGAAGUGCUGAUGUAUUUGAAGUGGUUUUUUUUUUUGUAACACUUCUGAGGGUUACCUAAAAGAAAAUGUGGCUGAUGGUAAACAGGUGUUCCAAUUUAAGCAUUGCUGUUUGGGCAAGAAAAACAACUAAAUGGUUUGAAGGAAACUACAUAAUAACAUACUAUCCAAAUAACUUGCCAGUUAGAUACUUCAUACUGUACUUACUGUAGUUACGUUCUACCAGUUUUACAUUUACAGUCUUCCUAAUGUUUUGUAUUAUAAAUAAUCCUUACUCUGGCCUGCUGUUGUUUCUUGGCCUCUGCCUCAGCAGCCAGACUUUGUUGUAACUCCAUGGGAAUACUGAACUCGUCUCUGAAAGGAAAAUAAACACAAUUACAACCCAGCCUCAUCAGGAACUACAACUCUUAAAAUGAGGUUACAUGCAGAGGAAAACUUAUUUGCCUACUCUUGUAUUUGCUUCUUUAUCUUGAUUAUAUAUAAUCAAGAUAAGCAUAGGUUUUUGUUUUUUUGUCAUAAUCAAUGUGCAAGAGGGAAGAGGUUUUACUCUUGUGUUAAACACUCAUUAGAUCAUUAAGCUUUGUUGCCACAAACUGUAAUGUGAAAUGUUGCAAUUGGAAUACAUGGAGAUAAUGUAAAAUGUAUAAAAACACAGUGAAAGAGGA